CGGCGGCGCAGCCUCUGGAGCGAGCGAGGCCACCGCCGCCGCCAGUGCCGCAGCCGCCACAGGCGUGAGGAGCGGACGCGAGGCGCUCGGCCGGGUUAAUAUUACAUGGUGUCAGGAGUGGGAACUGAAGGAGCCAGCCCCUGAGGAGCGACGACCCCCAGAAUCGAGCGAGGUACCCAUAUUUGAGCCCUUUGUGCUCUUUGCUUCCACGAGUUGCCAUAACUUUCAGGUUGGAAAUCAAAACACUCAGAUGGCAGAUAACAGUUUUUCAGACGGUGUUCCUUCAGACGCCUUGGAGGCUGCUAAAAAUGCAAGUCACACAGAAAAGCUCACUGAUCAGGUGAUGCAGAAUCCUCGAGUUCUGGCAGCUUUACAGGAACGGCUUGACAGUGUCUCCCACACUCCUUCCAGUUACAUCGAGACCCUCCCGAAGGCCGUCCGGAGGAGGAUCAACGCGCUGAAACAGCUGCAGGUGCGCUGCGCCCACAUCGAAGCCAAGUUCUACGAGGAGGUGCACGACCUGGAGAGGAAGUACGCCGCCCUGUACCAGCCCCUCUUCGACAAGAGAAGGGAGUUCAUCACCGGGGAUGUGGAGCCGACGGACGCCGAGUCAGAGUGGCACAGUGACAGCGAAGAGGAGGAUAAGUUGGCGGGAGACAUGAAAAAUAAAGUAGUCAUAGCAGAAAAAGAAGCAGCAACAGCAGAGGAGCCAAACCCCAAAGGAAUUCCAGAGUUCUGGUUCACCAUCUUUAGAAAUGUAGACAUGCUAAGUGAGUUGGUCCAGGAGUAUGAUGAACCGAUCUUGAAGCACCUGCAGGAUAUCAAAGUGAAGUUUUCAGACCCUGGGCAGCCUAUGUCUUUUGUAUUAGAGUUCCACUUUGAACCCAACGACUACUUCACCAAUUCAGUCCUGACAAAAACGUACAAGAUGAAGUCAGAGCCGGAUAAGGCCGAUCCCUUUUCCUUUGAAGGUCCUGAAAUAGUUGAUUGUGACGGGUGUGUUAUUGACUGGAAGAAAGGGAAAAACGUGACAGUCAAAACAAUCAAGAAGAAGCAGAAACAUAAGGGCCGAGGCACAGUGAGAACAAUUACCAAACAAGUUCCCAACGACUCCUUUUUCAACUUCUUCAGCCCGCUGAAAGCGUCCGGAGACGGAGAGUCACUGGACGAAGACUCGGAGUUCACAUUAGCCUCUGACUUUGAAAUCGGACACUUCUUCCGUGAGCGGAUAGUCCCGCGGGCUGUGCUCUACUUCACGGGGGAGGCCAUAGAGGAUGACGACAACUUUGAAGAGGGUGAGGAAGGAGAAGAGGAGGAGUUGGAAGGUGACGAGGAGGGAGAAGAUGAGGACGACGCCGACAUGAACCCCAAGGUGUAAUUUUUGUCUGUUAUUCAUGCAUUUUUAGAAGGAGCCCAGCCAGCCCUCGGAGUGCAAACAGCAGUGAGGAGCGAGCGCCCCCCGGCGGUAGCGGCGGGACUUGUGGCGGCGGCCCCAGCACCGUAGCGGCGGUGCUUUCUUCUAACUUGUUUUCAAGUGCAUGAUUUUGACUUUAACUUUUCCUUUAUCCUUAUUAUUUUGCUUAACCUGUACAGUGGCAACUUAAAUGCAUUUCAGAAAUAGGAGGUUUGAUUCCAGCACCCUCUACGGCCUUGGGUGCAGCCCAGUGGACUUUCCCAGGCCCUGCCUCCGGGAGGGCCCCACGGACCCCGGGGGAAGGGGGUGGCGGAAGGGCAGGCGGUGCCGAGAG